AUGAGCUUAGCAGGAAGCCUGGGAGGAAUGGGAAUCAUACCAAAGAGGAAAAGGCAGAAAGUGACAGAAGUCUGCAGUUCACAAAGUAAACAUGAAGUCAGAUUUCAAGAUCUGAUCAUAUUUAUUGUAGAAAGAAAAAUGGGAUCGAGUAGAAGAUCGUUUCUGAUGGACUUAGCACGCAAGAAAGGAUUCAGAGUCGAAGAUGUCAUGAGUGAUUCAGUCACACAUAUUGUGACAGAGAAUAAUUCUUGGAAUGAAAUUUGGGACUGGAUUCAAAACCUGAAGCUGUUAAAUGCAGACAAGCUUAAGAUGCUCAAUAUCUCCUGGUUCACAGACAGCAUGGCUGCUGGAAAGCCUGUGGAAAUAGAGGAACGGCAUAAGCUUCAGAAGACGCUUCAAUCAAAUCUUCCAUUACCUCCACCGGUGGUAACUGUUUCUCAAUAUGCAUGUCAGAGGAGUUCAACCCUUAACAAUAGAAACAAGAUCUUCACGGAUGCACUGGACAUUUUGGCAGAAAAUUUUGAAUUUAAUGAAAAUGAAAGUGCCUAUGUGGCAUUUGCAAGAGCAACUUCCUUAUUAAAGUCCCUUCCAUACACCAUAAGUAAAAUGGCAGCCCUGGAUGGACUACCCUGUUUCGGAGACCAGACAAGAGCCAUAAUUGAGGAGAUACUGGAAGAUGGGGUUAGCUCGAAGGUCGAGAAUUUGCUAUGUGAUGAGAAGUACAAGGCAAGAAAGCUAUUCACGAGUGUCUUUGGUGUGGGAUUGAAGACUGCAGAUAAAUGGUAUUGUCAAGGAUAUCGAACAUUAGAGGCAGUGAAAUCAUCCAAGGAUUUGAAAUUUACCAAAAUGCAGAAAGCAGGUUUUUUGUUCUAUGAGGACAUCAAUAAUGCUGUAACAAAACCAGAGGCAGAAGCUGUAGCUCAAAUUAUAGAAACCACCGUUCAUGGCUACAUACCUGAUGCCGUUGUGACUUUAACUGGAGGUUUUAGAAGAGGUAAGGAGACUGGCCAUGAUGUGGACUUUUUGAUCAGCUGCCCAGAAACCACGGAUGAAAGCUUUCUUCGUAAGAUAGUCAAUAAGCUGGACAUUCGGGACCUGCUUCUGUACUAUGAUAUGGUGGAGGCCACAUUUGAAAAAAGAAAAUUAUUCAGCCAAAAAUAUGAUACCAUGGAUCAUUUUCAAAAAUGUUUUCUUAUCCUAAAAUUGAACAAAGCGCUUGUGAAGAACAGAGCCCUCGGUAUGUCUUCUGUGUCUGCGGCAAGGCCAACUGAUAAGGGGGCAGAACCUGAAGUAAAAACUCAAAUUAAAGAUUGGAAGGCUAUCCGUGUGGAUCUGGUCAUUGUGCCUACUCAGCAGUUUGCCUAUGCACUUUUAGGAUGGACCGGAUCAAGACAGUUUGAACGUGACUUGAGAAGAUACACCAACCAUGAGAAAAACAUGAUACUGGACAACCAUGGUCUAUAUGACAAAAAGAAGAAAAUAUUCCUGAAUGCUAAGACAGAAGAAGAAAUCUUUGCUCACCUGGAUUUGGAAUACAUUGAGCCGUGGGAAAGAAAUGCAUAAGCUGCAGAAGUUUAAAUUGUAUCCUCAUGCAUUAAAUGUUUAGGCAGAGGGAAAGGGAGUGUUCAUGUAAAAUUUUACUUUUGUUUAAAAGCACACUUAUGUAGUAAUGCAACAUUAAUUUUCUUCAAUGAGAUAGGCAAGUACAAUGCAGAUAUCCACCAGUAGUGAAAUAAUAGUAUAUAAGCUGCAAAUAAACUAUUUUGGGAAAGGGAUUUCAAUUUAAUUAGUUCUACAGUAUUGUAUUGUGAAGCUGAUUAAGACUUAAGAACAUUUGAAUAGACAUUGAUCAAUUAGUCCGUCCAGUUUGUUCUAUCAGUCAUUUGGAUCAUGACUGAUCUCUGCAUAAUUUAUCUAUCUGUGAUUCAUUUCCCUUCUUGUGCUUGCCUAAUAAUAAGCUAUGGAUCUCAGGCUUGAAGGUUUCAGGUAACCCAAUUUCCAAAGUUCUUUGGGGAGCAGGUUCCACAUAUCUUUUUAGUGGACCUUUUGGAAAGCCUCGACCUGCAUAUUAAAUAAUUAAUUUAUGGUUGCCACCUGUUAUAACCAGUUCUUCUAAAAUUGUUAUCUAAAAUACAAAUUGCUUAUUUAUUUUUUCUCCCCAUUGUCACAUGCCAAAUAUUGUAAAUGUGAUGGAAUUUACACAAAGUGCACUUUUACAGGUGACUGGAGAUCAAUUCUGAAUGUUCCACGUGUUAUUUUGAAAUUUUUUAAACCUUUGAAUUAUGGUGUGGUAUUUCAUGAAAGAAAUGGUGUAGGCCAAAAUUUCCACUUUAAAAGUACCCUUAUUUUUCAAUAUGUGGCCACAACUUUUGCAUA